AUGACAAAGCCAGGUGAGAUUGAUGAGAGCUUAUACUCUCGUCAGCUAUAUGUCUUGGGAAAGGAAGCCAUGCUCAAAAUGCAGAACUCGACAGUACUUAUUAUCGGAUUAAAAGGGUUGGGUGUGGAAAUCUCUAAAAACAUUGCACUUGCUGGUGUCAAAUCUUUAACACUGCACGACCCAGAGCCUGUCCAGCUGCAGGAUUUAUCUACGCAGUUUUUCCUUUCGGAAAAAGAUGUGGGUAAGCCCAGAGACGCGGUAUCUCGAGCCAAAUUGGCUGAGUUGAACUCGUAUGUUCCAGUGGACGUAAUGGCUUCUCUACAGGACCAUAAACAGCUUUUAAACUACCAAGUUGUUGUGGCGACUGACACUCUAUCGUUAGAGCGCAAGAUUGAGCUUAACAACCUGUGCCACGCCAACGGCAUUAUGUUCAUCGCCGCCGAAACGAGGGGUCUCUUCGGUAGCGUCUUUACAGAUUUUGGUGACGAGUUCACUGUGGUUGAUCCUACAGGUGAAGAGCCUUUGUCGGGCAUCGUCUCUGACAUCGAAACUGAUGGUACUGUCACCAUGCUUGACGACAACAGGCACAAUCUCGAAGACGGCGACUACGUCAAGUUUUCUGAAAUUGAGGGACUGGAAAGGCUGAACGAUGGCAAUGCCUACAAGGUAGAGGUUUUAGGGCCAUUUGCGUUUAGAAUAGGGUCAGUAAAGGAAUUUGGUACCUAUAAAAAGGGCGGUGUUUUCACUCAAGUCAAAAUGCCAAUGAAGCUAUCUUUUAAAACUUUACAGGAAUCAUUGUCUGAACCAGAACAUUUGUUUUGUGAUUACGCUAAAUUCGACAGAGCUGGGCAAUUGCAUCUUGCGUUCCAAGCUCUACAAACAUUUCAAAAUAGACACCAAGGCCAGCUGCCAAGAACAUUGAAUGAAGGAGAUGCCUCCGAAUUAAUCAAGCUUGUUAAGGAGUUGGCUGUCGAACAGCCUCUAGUUCUGGGGGAUGAAACUCCUGUUAACGAAAAACUAAUAACAGAGCUCUCCUUCCAGGCGAGAGGUGAUGUUCCCGCUGUCAUUGCCUUCUUCGGUGGCCUGGUGGCUCAAGAAGCUUUAAAAGCGUGCUCGGGCAAAUUCACCCCCUUGAAGCAAUACAUGUACUUCGAUUCUCUAGAAUCUUUGCCAGAUUCCGAUAAAUUCCCCAGAACGGAGGAAACCACGCGCCCUAUCAAUUCUCGUUAUGACUCGCAAAUUGCAGUCUUCGGCAUAGAUUUUCAAAGAACACUAGCCAACUCUAAAGUAUUCCUUGUUGGAUCAGGGGCCAUUGGUUGUGAAAUGCUCAAGAACUGGGCUCUUAUGGGUUUGGGCUCAGGUCCAGACGGUAAGAUUAUUAUUACUGAUAAUGACUCGAUUGAGAAAUCUAACUUGAAUCGUCAAUUUCUUUUCCGUCCAAAAGACGUCGGCAGAAACAAAUCAGAGGUUGCGUCUGAAGCUGUUUGCGCUAUGAACCCUGACCUCAAGGGGAAGAUUCAGUGGUUGAUAGAAAAAGUUGGGCCAGAAUCGGAAGAUCUGUUCAAUGACAAUUUUUGGAGUAAUUUGAAUUUUGUUACUAACGCGUUGGACAAUGUUGAUGCCCGUACCUACGUUGAUCGUCGUUGUGUUUUCUACAAGAAGCCACUGUUGGAAUCAGGCACUUUGGGACCUAAGGGUAACACUCAAGUUGUUAUCCCCAACCUCACAGAAUCUUAUUCCUCGUCAAGAGAUCCUCCUGAAAAGUCGAUUCCGCUGUGUACUCUGCGGUCAUUUCCCAACAAGAUUGAUCACACCAUUGCGUGGGCUAAAUCCCUUUUCCAAGGCUACUUCACGGAAGCACCCGAGAAUGUUAACCUAUAUUUGACUCAACCUAACUUUGUGGAGCAAACAUUAAAGCAAGCAGGUGAUGUCAAGGGGAUUUUGGAAUCUAUUUCUGAUUCGCUCGGCAACAGGCCUUAUACGUUCGAAGAUUGUAUUGAAUGGGCACGUCUCGAAUUUGAAAAGAAAUUUAACCACGAAAUUCAGCAGCUACUUUACAACUUUCCCAAAGAUGCCACAACUUCUAAUGGUGCGCCAUUUUGGUCGGGCCCUAAACGUGCACCCGAACCCUUGGUUUUCGACCUCGAAAAUCCCGAUCACUUCCAUUUUGUAGUGGCAGGCGCUAAUUUGAGGGCCUACAAUUAUGGCCUUACUGGCGAUGAAGGCAAGCCAGAUUUUGCCUACUACAAAUCCACUUUAUCUAAAAUCGAGGUUCCAGCAUUCUCACCCAGAUCUGAUGUGAAAAUUCAGGCCAAUGAUGAGGAGCCCGAUCCAAAUGCCAAUAACGGCGUAGGUGGUGAUGCUCUGGAAGCCCUCGCAGCUGGCCUACCAGAACCUUCGUCUCUUGCGGGAUUUAAGUUGGUUCCUGUUGAGUUUGAGAAGGAUGACGAUACUAAUCACCAUAUAGAGUUUAUCGCGGCGGCGUCCAAUGAUAGGGCUCUGAACUAUUCGAUCGAACCGGCUGAUCUCCAAAAGACAAAGUUUAUCGCUGGUCGCAUCAUUCCCGCCAUCGCUACAACAACGGGUUUGGUUACCGGGUUGGUGAACCUCGAACUGUACAAGGUAGUGGCCGGCAAGACAGACAUCGAAUCCUACUCAAAUGGAUUCAUUAACUUAGCUUUGCCCUUCUUCGGUUUUUCAGACCCCAUUGCCUCUCCGCAGGGAAAAUAUAACGAUAAAAGUUAUGAUAGAAUAUGGGACAGGUUUGAUAUCAAAGGUAAUGUCUCCCUCAAGGAGCUAAUUGAGCAUUUCGACACGAAAGAAGGACUAGAAAUAACUAUGUUGUCUUAUGGGGUAUCCCUUCUCUAUGCAUCUUUCUUUCCGCCAAAGAAGCUGAAGGACAGGUUAAACCUGCCAAUCACUGAAGUUGUAAAGCUGGUAACAAAGACAGAAGUGGCUCCACAUGUGAAGACUAUGAUUUUGGAAAUAUGUGCUGACGACAAAAGCGGGGAGGACGUUGAGGUCCCUUACAUAACAAUCCAUUUGUAA